AUGUACCAUCUCGCCAAGGGGCUCUACCUGCUGGCAACCAGCAAGGAAGAGUACUCGGUGAUCCUCCUCGGCCUCGACAACGCCGGCAAGACGACCUUCCACGAGCAGGUCAAGUCCCUCUUUCUCCCCGACAAGCCAGAGCCCAAGCUCAACACGGUGCCGACGGUGGGGCAAAACGUCUCGACCAUCAGCCUCCCGGACAUGUACCUCAAGAUCUGGGACGUGGGCGGGCAGCACUCGCUGCGCAAGCUGUGGCAGAGCUACUACGCCAGCUGCCACGCCAUCAUCUUCAUCAUCGACAGCACGGACAUCGGCGACGGGAACCUGGACCACGACCACACGGGCCGCCUGGACGAGUGCCGCCUGGUGCUCGAGGACGUGCUGCAGCACAGCGAGACCGAGGGCGUCCCCGUGCUGGUGCUGGCCAACAAGCAGGACAGGGAGGACUGUGUCGAGGUCGUCAGGAUCAAGGAGGGCCUGGUCAAGAAGGUGUUUGAGGGCGAGAAGGCCAGCAGCAUCCGUGACUCGAGGGUCCUGCCCGUGUCCGCCCUGACGGGCACCGGCGUCAGGGAAGCCAUCGAGUGGGUGAGGUCGAGGGUCAAGUGGAACAAGGAGUCGAGGCCGCCCGUGAUGAGGUGA